AUGGGAUCCAUCUCAAGUUCUUGGAGCUUCAACAAAUUCUUUGCUAUAGUUUUCGUCGUCUUCACUAUCUCCCGUGAGUUUGUCUCCGGAUAUUACGGUUAUGCUUCCAUCUCUAUACCCAGCCCGUGGAGCUACGCUCAUGCCACUUUCUACGGCGACGAAACCGGUAGUGAAACCAUGGGUGGUGCAUGUGGGUACGGAAACCUGUUUAACAGCGGCUAUGGCUUGGACACAGCAGCCCUAAGCACGACGCUGUUCAAAGACGGUUAUGGAUGCGGCCAAUGUUUCCAGAUAAUGUGUGUGCAGACGCAAUAUUGUUACUAUGGAAACCCAUCUACGGUGGUCACAGCCACCAACCUUUGCCCUCCUAAUUGGUACCAAGACUCCAACAAUGGUGGUUGGUGCAACCCUCCUAGAACCCAUUUUGAUAUGGCUAAACCGGCUUUCAUGAAACUCGCUAACUGGAAGGCCGGUAUCAUCCCUGUUGCAUACCGCAGAGUCCCAUGCAAAAGGAGUGGAGGUAUGAGGUUUCAGUUCCAAGGCAAUGCUUAUUGGCUUCUCAUCUUCGUCAUGAAUGUGGGCGGCGCCGGAGACAUAAAGAGCAUGGACGUCAAAGGUAGCCGGACGAAUUGGAUAUGCAUGAUCCACAACUGGGGGGCCUCUUACCAAGCCUUUUCCUCUCUCUAUGGUCAGUCUCUCUCUUUCCGGGUCACUUCUUACACCACCGGUCAAAAAUUCUACGCUUGGAACGUCGCUCCGUCUAACUGGAACGCCGGUAUGACUUACCAGAGUUACACCAAUUUCCGCUGA